CCGCACCUCCCAAUUCCCGGAGCCGAGGAGGGCUAGCGGCGGCUGCUCCGCUGGGCUCCAGGUUGGGCUGCCGGGCGCUGGGCCAGGGCGGGCGGGAGCGAGGCGACGGCUUGCGCGGAGGGCGGCGGCCUGGGCCCGCCGAGCCAUGGCGGCCCCGGAGCCGGCCCCAAGGCGAGGUCGGGAGCGCGAGCGGGAGCGGGAGGACGAGAGCGAGGACGAGAGCGACAUCCUGGAGGAGAGCCCGUGUGGCCGCUGGCAGAAGCGGCGGGAGCAGGUGAACCAAGGAAACAUGCCGGGGAUUCAGAGCACCUUUCUGGCCAUGGACACUGAAGAGGGAGUAGAAGUGGUGUGGAACGAACUCCACUUCGGAGAUAGGAAGGCCUUUUCGGCCCAUGAGGAGAAGAUCCAGACCAUGUUUGAGCAGCUGGCGCUGGUGGACCACCCCAACAUCGUCAAGCUGCACAAGUAUUGGCUGGACGCCUCUGAGGCCCGCGCGAGGCCUCAAGCAGUUCCUCAAAAAGACCAAGAAGAAUCACAAGGCCAUGAACGCCCGGGUAUGGGGAGUGGGCUAGGGUCUGAAGGGAGUCCAAAAGAACUUAGGGACAGUAGUGGGGUGGGGGGGUUCAGAGUGGCCUCGGGACAGGAGCGGGGUAGCGGGCGGGCUCCGCAGGCUCAGCAGCCUUUUGGUGCCCACCCGACGGAGUCGUGCGUCCGCUGCCAGGCCUGGAAGCGCUGGUGUACGCAGAUCCUGUCGGCACUCAGUUUUUUGCACGCCUGCAGUCCCCCCAUCAUCCACGGGAACCUGACCAGCGACACCAUCUUCAUUCAGCACAAUGGCCUCAUCAAGAUCGGCUCUGUGUGGUACCGCAUCUUCUCCAAUGCACUUCCUGAUGAUCUCCGGAGCCCCAUCCGCGCUGAGCGGGAGGAACUUCGAAACCUGCACUUUUUCCCACCAGAGUAUGGCGAGGUCAAUGAUGGGACUGCAGUGGACAUCUUCUCCUUUGGGAUGUGUGCACUGGAGAUGGCUGUACUGGAGAUCCAAGCCAAUGGGGAUACCCGGGUCACCGAGGAGGCUAUUGCUCGAGCCAGGCACUCGCUGAGUGACCCCAACAUGCGGGAAUUCAUCCUCUCCUGCCUGGCCCGGGACCCUGCCCGCCGGCCCUCUGCCCACAACCUCCUCUUCCACCGAGUGCUCUUCGAGGUGCAUUCUCUGAAGCUGCUGGCAGCCCACUGCUUCAUCCAGCAUCAGUACCUCAUGCCGGAAAACGUGGUAGAGGAAAAGACCAAGGCAAUGGACCUGCACGCCGUCCUGGCUGAGAUGCCCCAGCCCCAUGGACCCCCAAUGCAGUGGCGGUACUCAGAGGUCUCCUUCUUGGAGCUGGACAAAUUCCUAGAGGAUGUCAGGAAUGGGAUCUACCCACUGAUGAAUUUUGCGGCUGCCCGGCCCCUGGGACUUCCCCGUGUGUUAGCUCCACCCCCGGAGGAGGCCCAGAAGGUCAAAACCCCAACGCCGGAACCCUUUGACUCAGAGACCAGGAAGGUGGUCCAGAUGCAGUGCAACUUGGAGAGAAGCGAGGACAAGGCUCGGUGGCACCUUACUCUGCUUUUGGUGCUGGAGGACCGCCUACAUCGGCAGCUGACCUAUGACCUGCUCCCAACCGACAGUGCCCAGGACCUCGCUGCUGAACUAGUGCAUUACGGCUUCCUGCACGAGGACGACCGGACAAAGCUAGCAGCCUUCCUGGAGACCACCUUUCUCAACUGCCAACUAAGAACCCUUCUCAGCUUCUAGAAGCCACCAACUUUUCUUAAUUCUCCUUCCAUCUUCAAGACCAGCAGCAUCAGGUUGAAUGUGUGUCAUGGACUAGCUGUCUGGUUUUCCACUGCCUGGAAGGUUGGGGCCUUUUGUGAGUAGGUUGGACCCACCUAGAUAAUCUAGGAUGAUACCCCCUCAGGGCCUGUAGCUGAAACACACCUACAGAGCACCUUUUGCUACGGAAACUAAUCAUCCUGGGGUUUGGUGCUUAAGAGAAUGGACGUGGGCACACGCAGGAUGGGGGUGUUGCUGUGUUGCCUACCAUACCAUCUUAACCAAAACCAAAACCUAAAAUAAAGCAAAUUUGUCAUGGGACAGCUAAUAAACUGAAUGAACACUGGUUA